GCGUCCCCCGCCUCCACUCUCGCGGUCAAAAGUUCAAAAUCAGCAUGAACUGUGGUGCUUUGUUCCUGUCAUCAACCCGGAAAAUGUCCACAACCCUCACGAAAAAGCAGCAGAAGGCUCUUGCCUUCCGUAGCAAACAAAAGGCCAAAAAGGCCGGUGCCGAAGCUCCUGAAGAUUUGCCAGAGCAAGAUUUGGACGACGACGAUGAGAACGAGCAGCCCGAGGUAGCGGUCAAGGCAAACGAGAAAGAGAAGAGCGCCGGCAAGAGAAAGCGCGACGACGAAGAAGAGAAGGAACCAUCAGCAGACGACGAGGAUACCGCUACGAAGACAGAGGAGAAGGGCAAGGGCAAGGAAACGAAGAAGAGAAAGACGGCUUGGGACGAAGAGGAAGAGGGGAAGAAGAAAAAGGGGAGGAAGGAUGGCAAGCAACGCUUCAUUCUCUUUAUCGGCAACUUGACUUUCAAGACGACACGUGAGGAAAUACAAAAACACUUUGAGCCUGCUGUUGGCCAUCUUCCUUCUGUCCGUCUCCUGACGACUAAAGCCACCCCCACCCAACCUUCCAAAUCCCGAGGAAUUGCCUUCCUUGAGGUCCCCUCCUCCACAGCUAUGCAAGCCUGCCUCAAACUUCACCACACCACCAUCAAUGCUCGUACAAUUAACGUCGAGCUCACAGCAGGUGGUGGUGGUGCGGGUGAGGAAAGGAAGAAGAAGCUCGAUGAGAGGAAUCAGAGGGUUGGAACGCAAAGAGAGAAGAAGGCGGAGAAGGAGCGGGAACUCAAUGGUGGUGAAGACCCAGCGCCUGUGGAACAGCCUAUGGCCGAUGGCAAGAAGACGCGGGGUGGCAGGCGAGUCAGGGCUAAAGCGGGAGAUCAGGCAUCCGGAGAUGCUUCCUCAAGGCCGUACCAGCAAUCGAGUGGAGGUUAUGGCGGAGCUCGUCAAGGGGGACCUCAGCAGAACGGCCGUGGACCCUACCAAAAGAAGAAGUGGGAGCCUACGGGAUCCAACUUUAUCACUGUGGCGAAACGACAAUAGACAUUUAUGUGCUCAUACUUUAAUAUCGGACCUUUGUAUGUAUGAAUUUGACGGAAUCAGUACAAGAGCCCGACUGGCUUAGUCGACCGGCGAGAUGAGCCGCAGAAAGAGUGUCGAUGAGGCGAUUGGUUUGCAACGUGAUCAAUGCUCGUAUCUGACAAGUGCUUCGCAGACAGAACAGUGAGAUUGAAAAAA